CAAAAUGAAGCUUUUGAUUCUUUGCUAAAACCAGAAGAUAUCAUCAGAAUGGCUAACACUGGCAAAGUUGCCCCAUGUAUCCCAAUUGACCCAGUUAUAAUCUGGACCAAGGUGAACUUUUCUACUGCCGCAGUUCAUGUCAUUUGUGAUCAGGUGAUGCUCAACGUGAUGAAAGAAACGGGGAAGAAUUACAAGGAAUUCAAAGCGGUCUUUUACAUGAAAAGUGACAUAUAUAAAAACUAUGUCAUCAAGGUUUAUGUUGGAAAUGAAAAAUACCUCCAUUUGUCGGUCGGCCUAAGCGCUUCACCUUCUGGUGAGCAGGUUGUCAUACUCAAAGGAGUGCAAAAAGAUCACAAAUGGAAUGAUGAUCUUAUACCUUUUAAUUAUGAAAACUAACAUCUACUAUCCUCCAUUUAAAUGCAGUAAUGUUUGUUACCAUAUUGUUGUCUGUGGACUUUAUUGACUCGAGUAUUGGGACCUUAGUUGUGCUGCAAAUAUAAAAAUAAAAUACAUA